AUGGCCCGCCCCAAGAAGACAGCUGUCGAGAAGCAGCAGCCUGCCCCCGUUCCUAUUCCUCCUCAGCACAUCCAGCAAUACCCUCAACAUCCCCAACCUAUCGCCGCAGUUCCUCCCCAAGCAAUGGCCGUUCCCAUGCCCGCAGCUGUCGCUGUUCCUCAACCUCAGACUGUCAUGGCACAGCGCGUUGUUGACAACGACAGUUUCCUCCGCGUGCGCGAUUCUGCUGUCGGUCGCUUGACUACUAUUCUUGAGCUCCUGAGAUCGUUCACUGCAGAUUAUGUCCGCCAGACCAACCUCUUGCUUGGCGAGCCUACUGCCGAGGGCUCUCAGGACAAUCUUCUUGCCAACUUUGAGCAUGCUGCUCAGCAGCUGAUCAUCAACCCUCCCGAGCUGGCUCCUCCCGUCGAGGAGAAGAAGGAGCGCAAGAAGCGAACCAUUGAUCCCAACGCGCCCAAGCGUCCCUUGACUCCUUACUUCCUGUACAUGCAACACGCUCGCUCUAUCAUCGCGAACGACCUGGGCUCUGAGGCACCUAAGGGUGCGGUCCAGGAGGAAGGUCAGCGACGAUGGGCUAACAUGGGUCCCCAUGAGAAGCAGGGCUGGAACAAUGCUUACCAGUACAACCUCCGUCUCUACAACGCUCGUGUUCACUCCUACAAGAACGGCAACCCUGUUGCCAAGGGUAUGACUGAUGAGGAGGCUCUCAAGUAUGCCGAGGAUUUCCAAAUCCCCAUGCCUGAGCUCAAGGACGUCACCCAAACUGAAGCACCUGCCAAUGACCAGGACGCUAUUGCUGAGCAACUUCAGGCUGUUGCCGCUGCUCCUGCUGCUGAGGAGCCCGAAGAGGCAGAGACCCCUGCUAAGACUCCUAAGAAGGCCGCUGGUGGUCGCAAGCGCAAGGUGGCUACUCCCGCUGCCGCUGCUGAGGAGAAGCCAGCUCCUGCCAGCCCAGACAAGAAGCGAAGGCGCUCCACCAAGGCCGCCGUCGUCGAGCCCCAGGAAGAGCCCAAGAAGUCGGGUCGCAAGAAGACUAAGAGCUCUUGA